AUGGAAGUCGUGAAACAGGCGCAGAGUCAGGAUGAGGAGACUACGAGGAAGAAGGACCCCAAGCAGCGCUUCCUAGCCCGACAAGCUAGGAAAGCGCAGGCACUGCAGGAGAAGUUUACGGCUAGUGACCCUGAUGCGGACGCUCGCCUGGAGAGAGAGGCGAAGGAAGAGGAGAAGACCAUCAAGCGCUUAUGCGACGAGCUCGGUGUCGAGAUGUAUGAGAUAAACCCGGACGGCCACUGUCUCUUCUCCGCGAUCGCAGAUCAACUCAGAGUGCUUGGGAUCGUACCAGAGACCCACGCCACCUACGCCUUCGUGCGCGAAGCCGCCGCGAAGUACAUGUUCAACCACCCCGACGACUUCAUCCCCUUCCUCCCCUCGGCCAUCGGCGAAGAUGGUGACGGCGCGGGCGACGCAGGUCUCAUGACUCCCAAGCAGUUCGAGCAGUAUUGCGCGACUAUCAGGGAUACUGGAGUCUGGGGUGGCGAGCCGGAGAUCAUGGCCCUCAGCCGGUCGUUCAACAUCCCUAUACAUGUCAUUCAGUACGGUCAACCUCCGGUAGUCAUCCACCACCCCAAGGGUGAAGGGACAGACGGGGAUCAGCAUGCCCAGGGGGUGGUUCGCAUAAGCUAUCACCGCCGAAUGUACGGCUUGGGAGAGCACUACAACUCGUUGCGGCCGAAGCGCUCGCUUUCCACCAAGAUCCACGAUAUCAUCUCAUGA